AGUUUAUUUGUUUAGAGACGAAGCACAAAAACUCCAACGCUUAAACCCUAAUCGGAAAAAAUCUCACCGCCGUAUCUCUUCUUAUGUCAUGGGGUUCUUCGACCUAAACGUACCGUACACCUACCCCUCCUCCCAAUCAGGCGGGAAGGAAGUCGCCGUCGUAAACAAACUCCGCGUAAAGCUCGCCACGAAAGCCAUGGAACUCGGCUACGUCGGAAUCGCACAUAACCACUCGAUCGGAGGCGUAACGAUGACGGAGAAGGACUCUUGCACGAUCCCUCUCCUCGCUCUCGGAUCUCUCGUCAAAGCCGCUCCGCGACUAUCAUCCUCCGUCGCGUUCCAUCGCGACUUGCUCGGCGUCCCUCGAUCCACUCCGUUUCGGCAGUACACGCGCGUCACCGUCAAAUUGGAGACUAAGGCUCAGUGCCUGGGGUUGAACUCUGGUAAUCCGGUUCUGAAGAGCUACGAUAUCGUUGCUGUUAGGCCGAUGAAUCAGUACGCGUUCGAUCAAGCUUGUACCAAAGCUGAGGUUGAUAUCAUCUCGAUUGAUUUCUCGAAUUUGCUGUUUCGAUUGAUGCAUCCCUCUGUCAAAGCUGCUAUUAAGCGAGGUGUUUACUUUGAGAUCAAGUACUCUGAUCUGUUGAAGGAUGCAGAGAAGAGGAGGCAAGUUAUAGCUAAUGCUAAGUUACUGGUGGAUUGGACUAAAGGGAAGAAUCUGAUUAUAUCGAGUGGUUCUCCUUCAGUCAUUGAACUCAGAGGUCCAAACGAUGUUAUCAACCUCAUGUCCUUGCUUGGACUCUCUGCUGAAAGAGCCAGAGCUGCCAUUUCAAAGAACUGCAGGAAUAUGAUAGCCAAGAUUUUAAAGAAGAAGCGGUUUCACAAAGAAGCUGUCAAGGUUGAGUUACUUUCUUCUAGCGAUGAUACCUUUGGCCUCGAACAGAAUACGAGUGGAGAUUUCAUGAAAUGGGAUCCCAUCUCAAGUGGCGAAGGCGACAUGCUCUUGGAAGAUCUCGCAAAGGCUUUUGAUGCCACCACACGUUCUGUGGCGCACAAAUCGUCUAAGGCGAUUGAUGUCACCUCCGAUCGUAAAGGCUUGCCAUCACAUGGUUUCCGGCUCACUGAAAUUCUUGGAAAUGAACCUUCGACUCAGCCACCUGCAGCUAAGAUGAUUGACGCAUCAGUGCACUGCAAGAAUCAAGUUUCUGAAGUAUGCAUGGCUGAUUCUGCUUGGUCUGUUGAUAAUCUUCGGGAAAACGAAACCAUUUGCCAAAUUGAGAUAUCUGAAGAUGACAACAAAAUGGUACCUACAACUAUUGACCCCCUGAGGAAAUGCAGUGCCAGCCAGGGACAUGGGCUUUUGGUGCAAGAUCAAGAAUCUGCAUCAUUUACAGUUAAAAAAUGUACAGAUUCAGCUGCAGCUUCUGAUGUUAACAUACAGACUGAGUUGGAGUCGGAAGAUAAAUCAAUGUCGCCGCUAAAAAGCGGUCGGGGGUUCCCACGAAGUCCUGUUGAAAAGUCAAACAUGGAAACUAUUCUAGUUCAUGAUGAAGUCUCACUGGACGGAGUCAGCAAAGGAGGAGCUAUUUCAGGUCAUGCUAAGAUUGAGCACUCUGCAUCCAUUGCUGGUAAUGAUGAUGAUGAUGAGAUGAAAAUCGAUGCUUCCUUGGAAGCAAAUCACGACGAGUACAUGGAGGUGACAAUGGAAGACCAGAAGCAUGAAACAGGUGAAAGUAAUCUUCCUAACUUACCCUCCUAUGAGACUACUGAUUUGCUAAAAGAAUCAGGUAACUCUCUCAGUUCAGAGGCAGUUGGACAAGACCAUGACCAAGUAUCAAUGUUAGACUCCAGUGAGGCAGAGCCAUACAACAACACCUUUGAGAUAACAAAGGAAAGCGAGACAGAAACCGAAACUAAUCAACAAGCCCAUGUCCAAACCUCUGAAAGAAACAAUGCCAGAAAAUCAGGUAAGGUACGAGCUAAGAGGAGUUGGGUUAGAUUAACGCACCUACAACCUUUGAAGCCUUUUCUACUUCAACGUUUCAAACGAAUCAGUAAAAGACGAAAACAUAGAAGAGGUUGAUGACUCUUAAACCUAGUGAAGUUUUUGAUCAUUAAUUAUUGUAAACGUACGCAAGUCUCGUGGUUUUGUUGUUGAACCGAUCAUAUAAGUGAGGGAAAAGAAAGCAAAAAAAUUAUUCAUAAAGUU